GCCGACGCAGGUACAAUUAGGAGACGGUCAACUAAUGUAGCUGCGAUUUUCCUGCUGACUCCCAUAUGGUCGCCAUAUUCUUUAUUUCGCCUUACGCCAGUGCGACCCCGCUCUAAUUGGCUGGCGUUCGGUUUUCAUGUUUUUUACGAGAAUUCUCAGAAAUUCGCACCGAAAUUUCAUGCGCACUUCCUCAAGCGUUCUCGCAAACAGGUUUCGAAUAACCGGUCAAUAACAUAUCGAUCAAGGGUCUUCCCGCCUUCUCAUAUCAACUUCCAGCUAGAAGCAUGCCAGAUUGUGAAUUCCUUCCCUAGAGGCCGAGAUGAUAAAGAACUUCCCUCUCUGUCAGUGAAUCGCAAUUCGUAGCUGCGACCAUGCCGCCGCGUCGCGUCAAGAUCAAGGGCCUCCCCUCCGCGCGUCCCUCCCCCAUCAGUCCCCUCGCUCGCUCCGCCUCUCUCACCUCCGCCUCCUCCCCCGCCGUCUCCGCCUUUGUCGGCGUCCUCGGUCGCUACCGUCGCCUGCUAUUGGUGCUCAUACUGCUGCUGCUGUCCAACGUCGCAGGGUACUACUACCCGGUGCUCUGGUCGCCAGCGCGCCGUGCGACGCUGCUGGCGACGCGUGCGAAGCUGUCGCACUGGUGGGCGAACGUGUCGCAGCCCCUGCAAUCGCUGGGCAAGGACGCGGAUUACGAGCUGAGGAGAAUCAUUGUCAGCGAUGAACCGCGACCUGAUGAGCAGGGGCUUAGCAGAUCGGACGGUCGACAGCAUCGCGGCGCUAGAUUUCAGCCGUUGGAUUCACCAAGCCCUGUUACCCCUGGGUCUCUUCCAAACCUCUCGCAGGGAGCGGAAGGGCUGGGGUCAGGGGGGCUGGGAACGUGGUUGACACGAGCUGAGGACUCGCAGCACGUUAGAGACAUCCCCGUUACAGUGUACAAGAAAGGGAAAAGAACAGUACCAAAAGAAGUGGCGGGAGGGGAAGCAAGCAGCGGAUUGGAUCGACCAAGAGAGGGAGAGAAAGAGCAGGGAGGGCAGGGAGGGCAGCGAGGAGAGAGAGUGGUGGGUCUAGAGACGAAAGGAGAUGGCGGGAGGAGAGGAGAAGAUGAGUUGAGAGAGGGACAGGAGGGGGAGGUGGGAGGGGCACGGGCGGAUGAUGUACACGUGGAGCAGCUGGAUUGGCAGAGAGAGUACCUGGAGGACGUGGCGAUUAGGGUUUCCAAGGAGAAGAUGUGCAAGGGGAUAUUCCCCAAGGGUCUUGCCAAGGAGGAGGUCGAGGAGAAGAGCAGCCAGCCUAUAUCGCGUCUAUCCCACUUAUCCCGGCCGUCCCAGCGCUCGCUCGUCUUCCUGGCACGCCACGGGCUGGGCAACAGCCUGCGCGGCUUCGUCUCGGCCUUUGUCUUCGCCAGACUAGGGGGCCGGCAGCUGGUGAGGUUGCAUGCGGGCGAGCACCACAAGGUGUACGACCUGCUGUGCCACGCCUUCCACUGCGGCUUCCAUGCCGUCAGAUGGGGGGGUCUGGGGGGGACUGGCGGGGCGGGAGAGGCGGGGGGUGGAGGGGGAGGCGGAGGGAAUGGGACGGAUGAGGGUGGAGGGGAAGGAGAAGGGAUGCUGCUGCCGAUGGAGCUGUACCGGCGGUUCAACGAGAUGCAGCCCAAGUACCUGCUGGAGAGCAUCAAGCGCUUGCCAGCCAUGCGGGAUGCCCUGGCCUCCUCUCACCCCAUCAUCGGGGCUCGCACCGGCUCAUACUUUGACCUCUUCUGGCACCGCAACGACACUCUCAGGGACUGCGUCUAUGCUGCAUUCAGAUGCAGCUCCCUCUGGUGCGUGCAUUCCCGGGCCAUGUAUGCUUUCAUCGGCCAAAGGGGUCCUUCCAAGAAGCUUCUCGCCACCAUCACGUCCAUCCUCCACCGGUCCCCACCUCCCCUUUCUUCAGCUUCGCUCUCCUCUUCCAUUCUUCCUGCUGCUGCUAAUUCUGCGAAUGCUGGUGGUGCUGAUGCUGCUGCUGGUACUGGCAAAGUUGCAACAACCACCGAAGCCACCUCAACCUCCCCUUCAUCCUCCAUUCCCGCUCUCCCUCCGUUCUUCCUCCCACCAUCCAAGAAGGCUGUAGCUUUCUUUGACAUUGCCUUACACGUGCGAACUCGCUCCCUGGCAAUUGAGAAAUCGGUGAAGAGGGAUACUGAGGAGUACCUCAAAGGGGAGUGCGAGGACUGGGACCGAGCCGCAGUGGUUCGGCCGCCGUACCUGCGCACGUGCUUGUGGGCGUGCAUCGGGCAUCUGGUUCGGGAGCUGAAGCCAACCCUGCUGCAGCAGCGGAGGCAGGCGGAAAAACGGCUAAGGAAAGAAGGGUCACAGGAGGGGGAGAAGGGAAGAGGAGAGGCUGGGGGGCGAGAAGGGGAGCAGGAAGGGGUAGGAGAGGAGGACGAGGAGGGAGAUGAUGGAGAUUUGAACAUAUUUUUGGCUACAGAUGAUGUGGAGCAUAGGAUGGAGUUUGUGGCUCUAUUGAAGCCGCACGGAGUGGUGUAUUUCUCAGCCGGCGAUAUCUACCACACGUCUAAGGCCAGCCCUGGCAGCCUCGAUAGAGGCCUCCCCACUAUGGCAGAGUUCUUUAUGAUGAGUAAGUCUCGGGCUAUUAUCGAGGCUGGGCCGUAUAUAAGCACUUUUGCUUAUUUUGCUGCUUUGGCUGGCAAUGGGACACUUGCUGGGGUUAGUACUCAGAAUGGGGGUUGUCAGUUGAGACCUGAACACCUUGCGUGGUAAAUAUGCAACAACGGCUGCAUUUUGUCUGCGAUAUAUCUACGGCAUAUAAUAUAUAAUUGUCUACAUGGCAAAACCA